AUGAAACUGUUGGGUUCACAUAAGAACGUUGUAUCCAUGGUUGGAUGCUGCACGCUUCAGGAGAACAUGUUCCUGGUUAUAGAAUACGUUCCCAGUGGUGACCUGCUGACGUGGCUACGCCGCAGAAGAAAAAAGGUAUAAAGGACAUGAACAAUUAUACAAUUAGUUUAUAACGAAAUUAUCAAGAAACAGAUAUAGGGAGGCAAUAUUACGAAUAUAUUUUGGUACUAUCAGAACAUUUUGUACAACUUAUUUAAGCAACUGCAGUUACUUCAAAAUUAUAAAAGCAUUUAAUGAUAAUACUAACAAUAAUAAUUAUAUUAUUAUUAUUAUUAUUAUAAUUUUAAACGUGUUUUAUCCUUGGGUGUAACAAUGAUAGGGGUGGUAUUAAAAUCCUCCUUACGAAUCUUAGUCCAUAAAACCUGGUGUGCCUUUAAUUAGGGGCCGUAAUCUAGUAUGGAGAUAACAACUUUUUUACUGUAGGAUCGCUUGAAGCCAUGCAGACGUAAAGUACGGUUUUUGUUACUUGCUUGAUGUUUAGAUCGAAGAACUUCAAGCUACCGAGAGAUGUUAUGCUGACAAAGAGGUUCUGAAAGAUCAGGGAGAGACCAGAGAUCAUGUAGGCUUGUAUAUAAACUGUAGUCUAACUUUCCAUACUAGCUCUGUCUUAAAUGGUCUAUCGAAGAUAGAGCUACAAUAGCUUUGGUUGACCUAUUGUAGCUAUCUAAUCUACCCAUCCGAUUGUUGUUGAAUGGUUUGCACGUAACGUAAUCAUACUUCAAAAUAAAGAAUUAUUUAUCCUUCUGAGUUUCAAUUUAGUGAACUAUUAGAGCAGCUGAACACGUGUGUUUCUACAAAGUUUCAGUUCGAAAGGGUUCUUCAUUUUGUGACAGAAUACGUUUGAAUAUUUUAAUAUAUUGCGUGACGCGACAAUAAUGGGGCAGCAAAAGCUGUCACGUAACUGUAAGUUAAAGAGUGACAUAUCUUUUUUUAGAUUUUUUUUUAUCUGAACAGUCCUUGUUUUUUGAAUAAGUAUUAAGUUUAAUGUUUAUGAGCUGUCUUGAGAUGAGUACUCGCUUUAUGGCAAUGUUUCUUUUAGUUUUCGGUCGCCAUAUCUGUGUUCCUUAGUGGGACGCCAACAUGGCUGGCGUCUCAAAACAAACCUCUAUAAAUUUGGGUAACACAUAUCUCCGAAUACCUCGAAAACAAAAAAACUGCACAGCCCUGAAUCUUAGCAAGGGUUUUCGCAUAUCCCUUAGAUUCCUGAUCGAAUUUAUUCAUUUUCACACAGGUCAGUAAACUUGCUAAGAAACUCAUGCUUACCUCCAUCGAUCCAUCGAUGUUAAGUUUAUCUUCGAUAGUGCACGUUUAGGGUCGGUUCAGCUCCGAAAAUAUUCUCCAAACAGCAGAUGUCGCCCUUCGAGUUGUCUUCUUGCUGUUCUUGCCAUGUUUUUAGUUAUUUUUUUUACCUAGUUCUUGCUCUUGAAACGAGUGAAAUGUCCGCCAUUUUUCAAGUUCACAACCAAAACAACUCAACCUUGUCCCCAGGUCUUCUCGGUUAACGGUGCAUUAACCCGCAAGAACGCUGCAUUUUUGACGUCAUUUCCUCGCUAAACACAAAAUUCUUCCACAUUUGGUCAUCGGUAACUGGUUAUGGUGAAUUAAAUGUGUGCUUUUAGCCAAUCAGAAUCGGGGAAAUAUUUUGAAUGAAUAAUAAUCGAUAAAGAGCGAUUGAUUAAAUUGAAAAUCGAUAAAAAUUAAUAGGGGAAAAAGUUGUUGCUAAUCGAUAAUUGUCGACUUUACUCGAUUUUUAUCGAAGUUUCCGAUUUUAAUCGGCCGCUUACUUAAUUAGGUUAACUUUGGCGAAGAUCGUUGUUUCCGAACAUAAGUACAUUAUUUAUGUGGCUUUGGACGGUUAAAUUUGUAGCGAAAUAGAGUACCGAAGUGUGACGUCAUAGAAAAUGAAAUUUGUGAAAUUAUGGGAUUUGUUAAGAUAUUCCGAAAGAACAACGUCCAAGACGCCUACUCGCCAAAAAUUAGCAAUUUGGGGCAGAUUGUCUCUGAGAUAUUAACCCAGUUAUACUCCGAUGACUCCAUACAAAUCCCUCUAAAUCUUACCUGGUUCCUAAUCUUAUGAACCAAGCCAAAUUUAGAAGGAUUUGUAUGGAGUCGUCACAGCAUGACUGGGCUAAUAUCUCAGAGACAAUUUGCCCCGAAUUGCUAAGUUUUGGCGAGUAGGUGUCUUGGACGUUGUUCUUUCAGAGUAUCUUAACAAAUCCCAUAAUUUCACAAAUUUCAUUUUUAUGACGUCAUCACUUCGGUACUCUAUUUAUUUCACAAAUUUAACUCAAUAUUCUUACUAAACAUUUUCGGCCAAUCGACAGGAUAAAAAAGAGUUAUAAACAACUGUUUUGGCUUGCUUGCACUGGAAACUGUUCAAGUUGAACCCUACAAUGUAGAUAUAGUUCAAGUGGUGAGGAUAAUGUUCAGUGCACAGUUUUUCAGCAAGACCCUUAAAUUGUUUCCUCAAAAAGGAUAUUGGAAAGGAUCAUUUAAAUCGUUCUGUAAAUAUGCAAAACAAAGUAGAUAAUGAACUCCGCAAUUAAAUGGAAAGAGAAGUAGCAUGACCAUAAAACAUGAUAAAAAUGUGAGAGAAAAUCAUCAUUUAAAACAGAAAACAUCUGCGUGUGGCUAAAAUAAUUUUCUUUAAAAUAAUGCAUUAUUAGGUUUUGAACCUGAGAGGCAAUCGAUAAUAUCGUUAAAAUAGUUAAAAACGAUAGUGUUGACAAUUGAUUUUCUGAUAUCGGUUUUUAUCGAUUGCGCUAGUCAGGUGAAUACGCAAAAGUUGUCUCUUUAUUUAAUGAUCUGGGAACCGCGAAGCGCCUCUUUAUGGAAGAAUUAGUUAACUAUAAAGACGUUUAGAAAAAUCAGAGAGAGGUUUGGGGAUCAAGUAGGCUUAUCACAAGACUAAAUUUGGUAUUGAAUAUUUUACUGAUCAGGCCUACUAAAGAUCCAGCUGACCCUCACUGGUUUGUCGUUGUGGUUUUGCCUUCAGAAGUGUUUCUUAUACCACAAAACAUGAUAUAGGAAAAAGUUGUUGGUAAUCGAGAAUUAUUGACUUUAAUCGAUUUUUAUCGAAGUUGUCGAUUUAAUCGGCGCUUACUUAAUUAGGUUAACUGCGUGACGCGGCAUUUACAUGGUAGCCUGCGAUAAAGCUCUCCAGGGCGCUCUGGCGGCGGGGCGGGGAAAGGAAGGAGAGCUUGCAACUACGUCUCUGGAAUUUGAAUUCUACCUCCAAUUCGCCUGUGGCUCCCCGUCGACUGAGCUGUCAGAUUUCCAACAAUCAGCGCGAAGCGGAAAAGAGCGCGAUUGUAAACAAAAAACACGUGCCAAGGGUAAUGGCGUCAUUACUAAUGUCAUCUCCGCCAAUCAGCAUUUCGCAUCGACUUAUUCAUUUUCCAGAGACGUAGCUACAAGAUCUCCUUCCUUUUGCCGCCGAGCCGCCAGACCACCCCAGAGAGCUUGCUCGCAGGCUAUUUACAUGGCGCAUGAGAGACCUCCCAUUGGGGCUGAAAAAAUGACUCUGUUGGGGGGAUUUUGCUAUCUGAAUGGUCAUUGUAUUAAUGUCAAAGUUAAUGAGUUCCUCAGGGGAUGAAUUCACCCUUAAGUAGCACAACUCCUUGACACAUGUUUCUGUUGGUUUCCGGCCGCCAUGUUAGUGACCAUCCUGAUGGGCACCAACAUUGCGUCUCCAUAUAAAGCUCUAUAGAUGUAGGUAAAAAAGUUCUCCGAAUUUCUCGCACAUGAAAAAUUGUACCGACCUGAGUCUUGGCAAGGGCCUUUGUAUAUUUGCCUUCUUUCAUUUCUCAGAUUCUAGACUUUAUCUAUUACACGGGUUUGAUUUUUAUUUUUAAUAGCGUGACAGUGAAAACCUGCAAUAGCGUUACAUUUUUUCUACAUGUAAAUGUCAUCGCCAUUUUCUUUAAUAAUUUAGAAAAGUUUGGCUGAUGAGUAUGAAGUUAAGGAGGAUCAACAUUCUAUACACCAAGACCAAGAAGACAUUGCAGUGUCUCCGCAACAAAGCAACAAAGAUGCCGUUCUUGAAGUGAUUCCAUCGACUUCCACGGAAGUAGAUGUAAGACGAAAACAAAAACACCAUAAUAAUUACUUAUUCACUAAUAAAGAAGAAUUUGCCUCUAGGGCGCCUUAUUUUGCUUACGUUUCGCGUUAGAAGGACACAACAUGAUCUUGGUUUUCCUGUGCCACUAAUGUGUUUCGUCGAUAGUGUACCUUUUCUGCGCUGUCUUGGAUUUACGUUUCAGCGCCUUGUUUUCAUUCUCGUGAGCUAUUUUCAGUUGCGGGCUUGUGACUUCCAUCGUCUAGUAAAAUGGUGUGUUUGUUGUUUUUAGUCAGUAGGACGUGUAUCAGCAGGUGGCCGAGGCUUUCUGGGUAAACAUCAAACUGUGGGCAUGGAUUUUCAUCCUAGACUUGAAAACAGUACCCUGGACCCAAAGUAAAUUUUAUCUACCUCUAGACUGGUCACUUUGAAGUUACUUUUAAUAGAUAAUACUUAUAUAUUCUGUGGCUCUUGUCUGGCUCAAGCAAAUUAUGUUAUUUUUAUCUUUUUAUCCGUUAGUUACUUAUUUACUAACAAGGAAAGUAAUUACUUGAAAGCUGUGCUGUUUCAAGCUAAACCAAAAAUUUGAUAGUUUUUUAUCAAUUUAAUUAGGGUGAGGAAUUCAAAGGGACUGACAAAGAACUUCUAACCAGGCCAACGACAUCACUAGGAAAACCUCAUGCUUCUGCAAUGCCACUUUCAAUUGAAAACCUAGGGGAGUCAGACGAGGAUCCUUGUGACGAAGAGGAGAACUUUUCCCAACAAAUGUUUUCACUUGCCUGGCAAAUAGCUGAAGGAAUGGUAAUUAUCUUUGUUUUCUGGAUAAUGUUGCUGGGAUUCUGAUUCUGAGUAUAACUUGGAAAGAAGAAUUCGAAAGUCAAUAUUUUAUAAACAUGAAAUAGAUGGGAUAAAUAUAUUGGCUGUUUUUCUAGAUAUGAGUACAUUAAAAUGGCUUAUAUGGAAAAAAAUUUCUUUUUGGUCGACCCAGUUUUGGCUAAAUUCGUUUCGUUAUGCAUCUAAACGUAAAUAUUUGGAUCAGAUUAGUGCCGAUAUUUACUUUUCAUUUGUAUUUUUUCAUCUAUACUUAACUGCUUAGUGUUCAGCAGGUGGCCAAGGCUUUCUGGGUAAACAUCAAACUGUGGGCAUGGAUAUUCAUCCUAGACUUGAAAACAGUACCCUUGACCCAAAGUAAAUUGUAUCUAGCUCUCGACUGGUCACUUUGAAGUUACUUUUAAUAAAUAAUACUUAUAUAUUCUGUGGCUCUUGUCUGGCUCAAGCAAUUUACCGUAGAAUUCCGAAAAUAAGCCCCUCCAUGUAUAAGCCCCUCCAAAUAUAAGCCCCCCAAAAUCGUAACGCAAAAAACCCUCCGUUAAAUCGCCCCUCCAAAUAUAAGCACCCCGGGGGGCUUGUACUUGGAAUUUGCCCCCGAAUACGAAGUAAAGCAAAGCAAAAAUGGUAAAUUUUCUUCCUACUACAAGCUAGCCCAAUCGUUUUGAAACGCAAAUUUCCCUCCGUGGAUAAGCCCCUCCGAAUAUAAGCCCCUCCAAAAAUAAGCCCCUCAAAAAGGGCCUUUGAAAAAUAUAAGCCCCAGGGCUUAUUUUCGGAAUUUUACGGUAUGUUAUUUUUAUCUUUUAUCCGUUAGUUACUUAUUUACUAACAAGGAAAGUAAUUACUUGAAAGCUGUGCUGUCUCAAGCUAAACCAAAAAUUUGAUAGUUUUUUAUCAAUUUAAUUAGGAUGAGGAAUUCAAAGUGACUGACAAAGAACUUCUAACCAGGCCAACGACAUCACCAGGAAAAACUCAAGCUUCUGCGAUGCCACUUUCAACAGAAAACCUUGAGGAGUCAGGCGAGGAUCCUUGUGACGUAGAGGAGAACUUUUCUACCAAACAACUGUUUUCAUUUGCCUGGCAAAUAGCUAAAGGAAUGGUAAUUAUCUUGUUUUCUGGAUAAUGUUGCUGGGAUUCUGAUUCUAAGUAUAACUUGGAAAGAAGAAUUCAAAGUCAAUAUUUUAUAAACAUGAAAUAGACGAGAUAAAUAUAUUGGCUGUUUUUCUAGAUAUGAGUACAUUAAAAUGGCUUAUAUGGAAAAAAAUUUCUUUUUGGUCGACCCAGUUUUGGCUAAAUUCGUUUCGUUAUGCAUCUAAACGUAAAUAUUUGGAUCAGAUCAGUGCCGAUAUUUACUUUUCAUUUGUAUUUUUUCAUCUAUACUUAACUACUUAGUGUUCCGCGUACCCCGUUAUUAUGUUUUGAGAUCAUUUUAAUCGUUUUUUCGUUGCUUAUUCGUUAUUAGAAUCAUCUCGCCGAAAACAAUCUUGUUCACAGAGACCUUGCUGCCCGUAAUGUUCUUGUUGGCCAUGACAACCAGAUCAAAGUGUCAGACUUUGGGUUGAUGAGACAAAUCUAUGAAGAUGUGAGCAGCUCAGCGAAGUCCAGAAAACUUCCUGUAAAGUGGAUGGCCCCUGAAUCACUUUAUCAAGGGGUUUACACGACCAAAAGUGAUGUGUGAGUGAUGAAUUUUCCCGCUCCAUUGACAAGGGAACUAUUGAAACUCUUCUACUGAAUCACUUCUCAGAAUUGUAGUUGCCUUCAAAAAUUACAGAAGCAUAUAACUCUGAAGCGCCUAAAUCCCCUUAUUUUUUAUAACCAUGUUAGGGUUUUUAGUCGUCCAAUUAGAAGCACGGAAAAUUGUUUGCCCAAAUAUGGAAUCAUUGUAUUGAAGGCAUCUCUGUCUAAAUAUAUAGCUGCCAAAAACGGAUUCUUCCAGUCCUUAACAGUUUUCCAAUUACAUCCAAAACUCAAGAGUACACGCAUUUUUGGGCUCCUCCGUAGGCAGUAGACAAUCUAAAUGCCGUGAAUCUGUACAUAUUUAUAACCUCUUUGGUUUUCCUCAUAGUUGGUCUUUUGGUGUUGUUCUUUGGGAAAUGGCUACCUUGGGUGAGUGGACAGUAAUUUUGUAGUUUAUAGUUGUCAUGUUAAAUUUGAGGUGACUGACAAAUCAAAAAAACAUUUUUCAUGGUCUAUGACUCUUAUCGACCGUAGAAAUUAUGUCAAAAUGUUGAAAACUCAUGCACGACCAGCAGGAUACUGGUUUUACACUGAAAAGUUUUGAGCUCUCCAAGGGAAUUAAGGGGACCGUGCCUUAACCCAUCUUCCCCGUUUUGCCAUGGUGGGAUGUGGCUUAACUGUUACGAUUGUUAUCAAGGUUACUGCUACCAGGAAGGGCGAAAACAAUGUUAUAUAAUGUUUCAUUUGCGGCAAGUUGGAAUUUUCUUGUUUGAUCUGGGCUCUGUUUUAAUUGAUUAAGUGCUGUGAGACAAGUACAUCUACUAGAUGAUAACCGUACAUGACAAUACAUAUUUUAAUCUGUCAAAUUUAAAAAUUUGCGAGCAUUUGAUGACUGGAUUCGAGAAGCCUUAUUGUUAAUCACCCUGUCUUCUUUCAUUACACAUUUAACUGCAUUGGCUGUAUAUCAGACCUCCAUUCAAUCAACCAUUUUUGCAAAAUGGCCUUAUAGAGUUUAUAUGAGGAGAAUUGACAAUCGACUAAGGCAUCUUUAAUAGAAAUGUAUCUAACGGAAAAUUGCAUGUAUUCAGUUGCUGAUAUGUAAUCAUUUGUAUUCUUUCUCGCAAUCGUCAGGAGGCGUACCAUACCCCACGCUGACCAACUCAGAGUUGUAUCGACUGCUCGGUACUGGUUAUCGCAUGGAAAGGCCUGACAUGUGCUCCGAUGACGUGUACGUUUCUUGAUUAGAGUGGUCUUAGAUUUAACAAAAAGAUUCGAUUUUUCUGUGCGUCUGCUCUGUUACAUUUCACACCGAACGGUGCAGCAUACGAAUUCGUCAAAUAUUUUAACGCCUUCUUUGAUCAUAUUAAACUGAAUGACCAGACGGACGGCAAUGGAAAACUUUUGAUGGGAUCCUCACUCUUUGAACAAGGAAACCCUCCAUUAGCUUUAUGGUCACUAAAGGCAUCAUUAGUAGUGAUAAGUUGAUCUCUUUCCUGGGGUCGGGGGGAGUACUCCCUGUACUGGGGAGGCACCCCCCAAAAGGGGUACUACUCUCAGUCUUCUGGUGUAGGAAUUUUGCUAGUCUAAGUAUAUGAAAGGGUAGGGAAAUCAACAUUUCGGUCUGUAAAAUGACAUAAGAGGACCAGAUAAGAUUUUUUGGCUGUAAAAAAGUCGAGAAAAUUUUCUAGUUUGUUAUUUGUUCAUAUUUAAAAGGAAGUGCAUUUUUCAGCAAUUAAAAGGGAUAAAGUUAAAGUUCUUUUCUGUCAAAAAUGAUACUCAAAAGGAUAAGGGGUUGGACCGCUGGGCAGAGCUUUACAUAAUAAUGGCUGAAUGAAGGAAUGGGGAAUCACGUGAUAACCCAAACGUUCCAAGAGCCCAUUUUAAUGGGCUUUACGUUGAAGCUUCACCCAAAGGAGUACCUUUUUAGGCCACAUGUAUAUGGAAAGGUAGGAAUUUCACGAGCUAAAAUGUUUGAAAUGGUAGGAAAUUUUCUAACUUCGGUAAUUUACAUCAAAAGAUAUGUUAAACAGAUGUACCUGUAUUGUAUGCUUAAUGUUAAGGGCUUAAUGGCUUGAAAAGUGAAGAAGUCGUACCAUUUUUCAGGGCAGGCAGGAAAGGAAUGUAUACGAAAGAGGUAUCUAUUCUUUCAAAAAUGCUGUAUAAAAAGGAUUGGGCCUCACUGUGGAGCCUUCCUGUAAACUCAUGAAGCUAAGAAGCCUAUAUAUCCGGCUAAAAAAAUUUCCUUCAUUCCAAUAGACCUCUUUCGCCUGAAUGUUUUGUUUUCCCAAUACAGGUCAUGUCUAACGGUCAAAUUCCCCUGGGACCUCUUUUGGCAAACCAAAACAUACAAGCUAUAAAGAGGUCUUUUGACACUGCCUAAUAAUUGACUGGAGCUCUAGUAAGCAUUGAAUGGUUCUUUUUUUUCUCCAUUCAUAACAGAUAUGAGCUGAUUACUGACUGUUGGAAUGAAGACCCUUACAUUCGUCCCAGUUUCUACCGUUUGAUCGAAAAACUGGAGGCGAUAAUGGAAAGGGAUGCACCAUAUUUGAAUGUAAACAAACACAAUGAAUAUCAUCCGUAUUACAACAUGCCACCUGAAGCUAGUUCUGAUUAAUAUGGAGAAGAAGGAGCAUCCCCAAUAAUCGGACAGUUUAAGACGG